AUGGAUACAAAUGAAGAAGAGGAUGCUAUCUACUUCAACGAUAGCAGCGACACCUACCAUUUCGGGGAUGUAUUCUAUGCGUUUCUGUGCGGCGAGAAGACGGGAAGAGCGAUUCGAUACGAUAAGAAAACGAAAAAGGCCAAAGUUGUAAUGGACCAUCUUCAUUUCCCUAAUGGUCUUGCCUUAAGCAAAGAUGGUUCGUUCGUGCUUUCCUGUGAGGUCCCAACGCAAUUUGUGCAUCGAUAUUGGGCCAAGGGACCAAAAGCCGGUACCCGAGACAUAUUUGCAAAGCUCCCUGGCUACGCUGAUAACAUCAGAAGAACCGAGACAUGGGAUUUUUGGGUUGCCUUGCAUUCCAAGAAAACUCCAUUUUCUAGGCGGCCGCAUGCCGUCGCCGUGAAACUAUGCGGCGAGACCGGUGAGGUCUUGGAGAUUCUUGAGGAUAGUGAACGGAAGAAUAUGAAGUUCCUACAUGGAUACAAAAGCUGUAUUCAGAAAGAAAGGAACGCUUUGUUCGAGCUCAAGCAAUUCAUAAUCUCAAACAGUGAAGUAUCGAAUAAUGCCUCUUUUCCCACAACAACCCAUGUUCUCCCUACUUGGACUAAUGGAACAACUGGCGAUUGCUGCCGAUUGAAGGAAAUUAAGUGCAACCGUACAACCGGACGGGUGACUGGGAUUGUCCUUGAAAAUUUGUACUUCAAACAGAGCUCUCUCCUAAAUCUUUCUUUGCUGCAUCCCUUUGAAGAGGUUCGAAGAUUGAAAAUUUCAGCGCAAGGGGUAGGCUUGGCAGGCUUGUUCGAUGAUGUUGAAGGAAUGAAUGGGACGAGGCGGAAUAAGACGAGAAGAAACCAAACGAGAUAUAACGGAAAGGAAAUGAAUAAGACAAAGCAGAACGGGAUGGGAAUGAAUGGGACAAGGUGGAACGAGAUGAGAAGAAACAGAACGAUGCAUAACGGAGAGAAAAUGAAUAGGACGAGGCAAAAAGGGAUGGGAAUGAAUGAGAUGAGGCGGAACGAGACUGGAAGAAACAGAACGACACAAAAUGGAAAGGAAAUGAACAAGGUGAUGAAAAUGGGAUAG